AUGUGGCUCAUCAACACCAACACCUUCGAACUACAAAUGUUCAAUGGUCCCGAAGUGCCCCCUUAUGCCAUACUAUCACACACCUGGGGUGCCAACGAGGUGACUUUUCAAGACAUACACGACCUGUCUCUCGCCCGUACGAAAGAUGGCUUCUUCAAGAUCCAAGGCACCUGCUUCCAAGCUUCUCGUCACGAUAUCAGCUGGGCUUGGAUCGACUCCUGCUGCAUCGACAAAACCUCGUCCGCAGAGCUCUCCGAGGCAAUCAAUUCCAUGUACUCGUACUAUCUGCUCUCUCGCAUUUGCUUCGUCUACCUCUCCGACGUGCCCCCGCUUUCUUCUUCCCCCGUUAUGAACGCUCUGCCAUCCCUCGCCAGAUCUCGCUGGUUCACGCGCGGCUGGACCCUCCAGGAACUCAUUGCGCCACGAAGGUCCAUCUUCUACGCCUCGGACUGGUCGAGUAUCGGCACCAAGGGCCUUCAUCGAGGCGAGCAGCCCUUUAUCGCUGCCAUCGCCAACAUCACGGGCGUGUUCGAGUCGGUGCUGUCCAACACACGUUCGCCGCGCUACUACUCUGUCGCAGAGCGCAUGUCGUGGGCCGCAACACGCCAGACCACUCGCCCAGAGGAUCUUGCCUACUGUGUCAUGGGGCUUUUUGGAGUCAACAUCCCAGUUCUCUACGGUGAGGGUUUGACGCACGCCUUCCAACGGCUGCAGCACGAGAUCAUCCGCACGUCCCCCGACGAAACCAUCUUCGCGUGGAGGGUCGAUCCGGCACAGGAGCUGGUCGAUCCCCACACGGGAGAACGCCGACGGAGGGCCGUCAACUCUUCCGGUCUCCUAGCCGCCUCCCCCGCCGAUUUUGCCCGGUCCCACGAUGUCCACCAGCGCGCCCUGCAUAAGGCAUCGCCAUUCCGCCUGUUCAGCAUGACCAACAUGGGGCUCUCCAUCGCUGCAGAGUUGAUUCCGCUUCCUCCUCCUGGAAGUCCCCGGGGUAGCCCGCAGUUGCAGUCACAGUCGUCCAGGCCUCUGGUCGUUUUGCCGAUUGGGGCAAGCGACAGGCCGACGAAUGCCGGUUCACGGGCCCGGGUGGGGUUGUAUCUCGAGCCGGUCUUACCGGCCCCGUCACAAUCACCUUCGCCGGUCCCGCGGCCGGCGUCGCCUGCCCUGCCCCUGCCGUCGCCGUCUUACACCCAAGCGUUCUACCGCCGUGUCAAGUGCGACGACUUCUCCUUUGCGCCGUCAUCAAUGGGCGGUGAAUUCCCGACCGGCAACAAGACGGACAUCUUCAUAUUGGACGAUGACCAGUUUGCCGAGAUGCGGUGGGCAGACCGACCGAGCUCCGCUGCAGGCUCACCGUCUGUCGGUGGAAGACUGUCCAUAUCGCCUAGCGCCUCGCCGCGGGCUUCGCCGAGGCUAGGUGGUGCGGAGUUGAACUGA